UUUCUGGAAAAAUUUUUUAGAGAACGUGAAAAUGUGAAAAAAGUUUUUGAGACAGGCUUCAUAUCCUGUAAACAGUUACUGUACAACAAAGAACUCAUCAGAUAUCUUGAGGAGAGUAACUUUGAUGCUCUCUUGACAGAUCCUGCAUUCCCUUGUGGAGCAAUACUGGCCGAGCAUCUUUCCAUCCCUUCUGUGUAUUUCAUGAGGUUAAUACCAUGUGGCUUCGAUAUUGAGGCCACCCAGUGUCCCAGUCCCCCUUCAUAUGUCCCCAGGCUAUUUACAGACAAUACAGAUCACAUGAACUUCCUCCAGCGUGUGAAGAAUGUUAUCUUUGACACCUCCAAUCUUUUUCUUUGUUACUUUAUUUUGAAACCAUAUGAAAAACUGGCUUCUGAGUUCCUUCAGCGAGAUGUGAUCACACUAGAUCUCUUAGGCAAGGCUUCCGUAUGGCUUCUGAGGUUUGACUUUGUGCUAGAAUAUCCAGCACCAUUGAUGCCCAGCAUGAUUGUAGUUGGAGGAGUAAACUGUGCUCAUAAGCAGCUACCUCAGGUGGGUUGUGCUCUGUUUUUAAUACUUGUCUUAUACAGUUCUAUGCUUCUGUUUUUUCCUGUGUAGGCAGCUCCAUCUUUCAUUUACAAAGUAUGCUCAAAUGAGUGUCAGCAAGUUGUUUCUUACUUACUUUUCUUUCGUUUUUAAGACAUCAUUCUCCCAGUUGGUUGAGGAUAGGCAAGUGUGUGUGGUGAGUGUAGGGAAGUUUCCCAUCUAUGUAUGCCACUGGAGUGGUGCUCCAUUUGAAAGCUUCAACCUUCAUUAGGAAGGAAAUCUAUGUGAAGGAAAUUUAUCCAGGAAGUGAACAUUGGAUUUGUAGCAGACUACUUUUCAUUAUGUGUUAUUGAACUACCUUUUGUAUGGAGUCGAGUAACUUUGCUGGUCUCAUAAGUACCUCACAGUGAGUGAAGGAAGGUUGGUAGAAAAUCUGAGGGGCUGUGAAACAAUCAGAUACAAUCAUUUAACUUGGCAAAUUAACACUGUUGGGAGUAGUGUCUGUUAUUUAUUGAGAUAUUUCCAUCAGGCUUCUGUCCUGGGGCACAUUUCCUGCCUUACCACUGCUUUCUUUGUCAGUGAAAUUGUCUGCAAUACACAAGGUUAUUUCCCAAGACAGGACGAACAGGAGUGUCAGAGGUGAUGAACACUCAAGCAGCGUCUGUAUUUACAGGCAGACAUCAGAGAAUCUUUCCUUGGUGAUGUGCAUGUUAUAUAUGAGAUCCCAUAAGUGUUGUGAGGCUGAAGAACGUUUAGUGGGUUGGUGGAUCCUGGUGAAUGGCAAAAGAACUGCCAAAGUGUUUUUCUGAGUUUUUCACCUAGAAUUUCUUCCGGGGCUGCUCUCAGUUGAAGAGAAAUUCUUUGCUCUUCUACUGAAGGUCUGUGGUGGGACUUUGUACCCACUAGAGGGAGGAAUUGCCAAGUUCUGUCGAAAGUAGGACGAAGUGCUCUGUUACCUGACUUCUCUACUCAGAUUGUGGCCAGGCAUUGCAAUGAGCAUUGAGAGGCUACCCUGCCUAUGUUAGGGAGUUUGGAACUGGGUGAGAUUUACAGUCCCUUCCAACACAACCACUCUGUAAUUCUGCCAUUCUGUGGGUGUAUGAUGGGGCCUCCAAGCAGAUGUGGGCAAAAGAGGACAAAGCUAACCCGUCUC